AAAUCAAGAGCUGAAAAGUCCAGUUUCUGUUUCAAGAAAGCAAUGGAGGCAGGGUGUCUGGGGGAGAAGGAUGGGCUUACGUUUUGGCUGGCCAGGCCUGAAGACUAUGAUGAUGUUAUGGCCAUAUCAGAAGGCAUAUACUGGGGAGACGAUUAUGUACCCCACCGCUAUCACACGUGGAUGACUGAGCCCAAUAGAGUUGUCAUACUGGCCAGGAGAGAAAGAAAGUUGGUGGCUCUAGAGUCUGGGUUGGUGGUGGAUGGAGGUCAGACAGUUGUGGGGGAGGGACUCAGGGUGUGUCCGACUGAAAGGGGUCGUGGUGUUGCUGGAGUCAUUCAGAGGUUCAUUGAACAAUACAUUCUGCAGCUCUACCCUAGUGUGAGGGUCAGACGUCUGACAAGAGAGGUCAAUCCAGGACCCGAAAAAUUGUCGAAGUUCAAAGUUCUGGCCAGGAGGGCUAUUCUGUCUCUGCGUGGGAAAGCUGAGACCUUUGAUGGCUUCAUCUCUCAUCUGAAGGCAAAACUGAAUACUGGAGAGGUAUCAGACGGGGGGUCUGCCCAUGAUUCUGUCGAGCUUGAAUCCAAAAUGAUCACCCUGAUGGACCACCACCAGCUUAAGGCUCUGUUACUAGACCCAGACCUGCCCUCCAGACUCCAACUCCCAGGAGGUGCCAUCAUCCAAGACUGGCAGCCCCUGCAACCCGUUGAAAGCAACCUAGAGGUGUUGAACAGGCGGAACCUCACUUGGCUGGUUGAUGGCUCCAAUGAAAAACCCAUGUUUAUGAGCUUCCACACGCCUCCUUAUCCCAUCCCACUUGACGGUGGGGCUUUUCGCCUAAAUAUCGACCUGUUUGGGACAAUCCCCUUCCUAGCGAAAGCAGCACUAACAGCCCACCUGGAGAAGGUGAGAGGAGAGCUCCAAGGCACGGUGAUCUUCCACGUGUACAUGCACCCGUCCCUGUGGAAAGGAAUGAAGCAGUUCUGUGAGGGGGAUGAAGGAGUAAAACAAUGUAAGGAGUACUGGGAGCAGUUUCUUCUGGAGGUUAAAGGUUAA